AGAUUACAAUGUGGAAGGCUGCCUUGACCUCCCCCCGAAUUCACCUCUAAUGAGAAGCCAUGUUUCGGUCUCUGACAAGCGUCCGGCAGUUUAACUGCAACCUCCUGACUUUGCAAAGACUCAACGUCAACUCUAAACUCCUCAUCUGCACGUCCAGAAUGGCCAGUUCAGAGUACAGGCUGGAGCGGGACACGUUUGGUGAGCUCAAGGUCCCAGCGGACAAGUACUACGGUGCCCAGACUGUCAGAUCCACCAUGAACUUCAAGAUAGGAGGACCGAGUGAGAGAAUGCCAAUCCAAGUGAUCAGGGCCUUUGGGGUCCUGAAGAGAGCGGCCGCUGAAGUUAACAAGGAGUACGGCCUCGACCCAAAGAUAGCAGACGCGAUCGUUCAGGCUGCAGAUGAGGUUUCAGUGGGUAAACUGGACGACCAUUUCCCUCUUGUGGUGUGGCAGACUGGAUCUGGGACUCAGAGCAACAUGAACGUCAAUGAAGUGAUCAGCAACAGGGCUAUUGAGAUCAUGGGUGGAAAACUGGGUUCCAAGGAUCCCGUCCACCCUAACGAUCACGUCAACAAGAGCCAGAGCUCCAAUGACACCUUCCCCACCGCCAUGCACAUUGCUGCAGCCACAGAGGUCCACCACGUCCUACUGCCCGGCCUGCAGACUCUGCACGACGCUCUGGCUGCUAAAUCUGAAGAGUUCAAAGACAUCAUCAAGAUUGGACGCACGCACACUCAGGAUGCUGUCCCUCUCUCGCUGGGGCAGGAGUUCAGCGGUUACGUGCAGCAGGUGAAGUACGGCAUUGAGAGGGUGAAGGCCGCCAUGCCCAGGGUGUACGAGCUGGCAGCUGGGGGCACAGCCGUAGGCACUGGACUCAACACCCGCAUUGGUUUCGCUGAGAAAGUCGCUUCCACUGUCGCCUCUCUGACAGGCCUGCCAUUUGUGACAGCUCCUAACAAGUUUGAAGCUCUGGCGGCCCACGACGCUCUGGUAGAGCUGAGCGGAGCGCUGAACACGUUGGCUGUCAGCUUGAUGAAGAUUGCCAACGACAUACGCUUCUUGGGGUCAGGACCCCGUUCCGGCCUGGGAGAGCUCAUCUUACCGGAGAACGAACCAGGAAGCAGCAUCAUGCCGGGCAAGGUGAACCCCACCCAGUGCGAGGCCAUGACCAUGGUCGCAGCCCAGGUGAUGGGGAACCACGUCGCGGUCACCAUCGGAGGCAGCAACGGCCACUUUGAGCUCAACGUCUUCAAACCAAUGAUGGUCAAGAACGUGCUGAACUCGGCUCGGCUCCUCGGCGAUGCAUCCGUCUCCUUCACCAAUAACUGCGUAGUGGGCAUCCAGGCCAACACGGCGAGGAUCGACAAACUCAUGAACGAGUCUCUCAUGCUGGUCACGGCCCUCAACCCACACAUCGGCUACGACAAAGCGGCCACCAUUGCCAAGACGGCUCAUAAGAAAGGCUCCACGCUGAAGGCCGUGGCCGUGGAGCUGGGCUACCUGACCGAGGAGCAGUUUGACCAGUGGGUGAAGCCAAGUGAGAUGCUGGGGCCAAAGUGAACUGACAACACAAGAAACACUACAGAACAGUGAAAAAAAAUAUAUCCGUUUUCUCUUGUGAGAAGAGUAUUUCCAGUUAUAUCAAAGCGGUUGAACUGUAUGGACAAAACGCUGUCUCAGUCCUGAACAUCUCUUGUCUCUUAAUAAACUAUUUGAGAAUCCUUUGCA